GGUCGUGUACGUACUUGUCUAUCUAUCCAAUCUCAUUUCUACCUGUUUCUCAGCCUGUGGGAGGAGAAAAAACAUGAGCAGCUCGAUGAGCAUGGUGGAGGCAAGGCUGCCGCCGGGGUUCCGGUUCCACCCGCGGGACCACGAGCUCGUGCUGGACUACCUCUGCCGCAAGCUCUCCGGUGGCGGCGGCGGGGUGGACAUGGUCGACGUCGACCUCAACAAGUGCGAGCCAUGGGAGCUUCCAGACGCGGCGUGCGUGGGCGGCAGGGAGUGGUACUUCUUCAGCCGGCACGACCGCAAGUACGCGACGGGGCAGCGCACCAACCGCGCCACGCACACCGGCUACUGGAAGGCCACCGGCAAGGACCGCGUCAUCACCGGCGACGGCGACGGCGCGGCGGCGGUCGUCGGGAUGCGCAAGACUCUCGUCUUCUACCGUGGGAGAGCACCCCGGGGGACCAAGACCGAGUGGGUCAUGCACGAGUUCCGCGUCGACGGCCGCCCGCCGCCGGCCCACCACGGCUCGCCGCCGCCUCUCCUCCCCGAGGAGGACUGGGUGCUGUGCAGGGUGUUCUACAAAAGCACAGCAGCUGCUCCAACACCGGCCUCCGACGAGUCAUCAGGUUCCCUGAGCAGCGAGGUCGGCAUGGCGCCGGCUGUUCUGCCCAUAGCGCCUGUCGACGCCCUUCACCGCAUGCCCAUGGCUGCGAUCACCGACAGCUUCCGCGGGCAGCAGGAGUACUUCGCCGGCCUCCUCACGGCCCCGCAGCACUGGCCGGUGGCGCCAUUGCCGUUCAGGAGCUUCAGAGACCUGCUAGGCGACAUGGUGGAAAGCAGCGGCGCUGACCCGAAGCCGGAAUGGAGCGUAGACGACGGCUAUAUGCGGCACGGCGGCAUGCCGCAGGGUUGGAACCCGUUCUGACGAGUCGGUGGGUUCUGGCAGGCUAGGUAGGUGUAGUAACGCUGUCCACUCGGUCGUCAUAUGCUUGAUUAGUGACCAGUUUGUUCUCUCCUCUUCUGUAGCAGUGUGAUUAUAUAUCAUUUAUCAGCCCUGGUGCAGUCAUCAGCCACGCAUUGUAGAUUGGUUAAAUGGGGGUGUAAAAUCACUGUAUUUCAGAUAUCGCCUGUUGUUAUAAAAUGGAGUGUACAUUACUUGAAAA